AUGAUAUUCAACUUCCAAAAUGAAUAUCUCAAUCGGCAAAGUACUGUACAACUGGGUAUAACUUCCAAUAUCGAGCCAUUGGCUCAGGCCGCAGGUACCAUCAAGGAAAUCUUUCAAGACCUCCAAGACCAAGGCCAACUCCUGCAACGCUACCCAGGAACCUACAAAUGGAAAGACCCCUACUCAGACAUAGUCAACUGGAAUGCCGACCUCCAAACACGCUACCGUACAGCGGUAGGCCAAAUCGGCAACGAAGUUAUGGCAAUGGCGAUGCACUCGGAGCCCUUUGAGAACGCAUUCCGAACCGCACAGCGCACCCAAUGGUACAACCUAAUGUUACUCGUCAACGCAGAGAAAACAAGUCUCCGUAUGUUCGCCAUAGCUCGGAACGUUCCGUACGUUAGAGGCUAUCGAGCUCAUGGGCGCAACCGAUUUCUCAGGUCUCUGGGACGGUUGAAUGAACACCCGCUUACGAAUAGAGAGGAACAGAGUGUGAAUUGGCAUCCGCACCUUAUUUACCUCACUGAUAGGGGCCAACCUGCACGCUGCAACUUCACGCCCAGCGAUGCAACGGGGGAGAAGGAAAUGGUCAAUGUCUUUGAGAAUAGAUAUGUAGAGGAUCGCUUCCGGCGACAAUCACGGUUAAAAAAUUGGCCAAGUGGGUGGGGAUACCCUCGACAUCCGCAGUAUGCUGCCAUGAGGGAGGGUCAGGAUGCAAACUGGCCGGCUUGUGAGCAUUGUGGGAAAAGCGCGGUUUUUGGCGAGUAUGUCAAGGGACGGACAGUGUAUACUGCGUGGGAUGAGCAGUCCGUAUGUACGUGCUCCAAAUACGGCGGCAAACCAUGGGAACUCGAACCCCUAGUAGAAGUCUACCAAUACCCCUCCUACACCGGGUCCUCCUUCGACAUCAACCGUGGUGUACGCGCGCUGCAAAAUAUCCCCGAGGGCGAGAUCAUCGGGGAGUACUGCGGGACCUUCGUCCCGUUGCAAGAAGAAGAAGAUACGUGUGGUGACGACACCUUCCUUAUGGGUUGGGAGGGCCCAUCGCGCGACUUCUUUCAUCCAGAUGCGGAGAAGAUUCGUCUCCUCAGUGGGGGGUUGGCGGGCAAUUGGACGAGGUUUAUGAAUCAUACGGAUAAGGAGGAGGAGGUCUCGGCGAGGAUGUAUCAGUUUCCAUAUGGUGGCAAGAUGAGGAUUAUAGUGCAGGCGGCGAGGGAUAUUGUUUUUGGGGAACAGAUUCUUACGAGUUAUGGGCCGGGGUAUUUUGGGGGGGAUGGGAUGGGAUGA